AUGAAAUACCUAGGAAGUAGUCUUCUUCUCUUAUCUUUAACUCUUUCUUUCUUCUUAGUGAUAGUCCUUGCAGACGAAAGAGAAGACCACAGAUGCGGACCACCUGUAGGCAACCCUCCAUGUGGAGACACCAGAUGUUGCAGCAUCCAUAACUGGUGCGGUGGCGGAUCUGACUACUGCAGGGGUGGGAACUGCCGAUACCAGUGCUGGUUCGUCGCACAUAGUUCGAGUCACGAUCUCCCCCGAGCGCUACUCAGAAAUAACAAUGAAGGGAUAAGCAAGAUUGUAAGUGAAUCAGUUUAUAACGAAAUGUUUAAGCACAUGAACGAUUGCCCUAGCCAAGGGUUCUACAACUACGACGCUUUCCUCAUUGCCGCUUCCUCUUUCCCUGAUUUUGCUACCACCGGUGAUGUCACCUCUCGUAAGAGAGAGCUAGCCGCUUUCUUAGGUCAAACUUCUCAAGCAACAACAGGUCAAAGGUCUGAUUCAAUCGAUUCACAUACAUGGGGAUAUUGUCAUAUUAACGGGACUACGACUAUGGUCGACUCUGAGAAUGAUUAUUGCACGUCCUCUCAUUGGCCAUGCGCUCCAGGCAAAAAAUACAAUAGUCGAGGACCUGUGCAACUCACUCAUAACUACAAUUAUGGGUUUGCUGGAGAAAGUCUUGGCAUUGAUUUGAUCAACAACCCUGAUUUGGUAGCGACAGACCCAAUUGUAUCGUUCAAGACAGCCAUAUGGUUCUGGAUGACUCAGCAUGACAACAAGCCUUCUUGCCAUGAUAUUGUUAUCAAUGCUAACUCCCAAGAGAAAGUGAACCCCAGCUAUUUUGGUACUGUACAUGUGAUUGGAAACAUCAUCAAUGGACAUAGGCCUAAUAAUCUGGUAACCGAUACAGCUACUAAUAGCAUCGCCUAUUACAAGAAAUACUGUGACAUGUUAGAAGUGAGCUAUGGAAAUAACUUGAAAUAUUGGUACGACCGAUCGGUUGAUGCUCACAUCCAAAUGCCUAUCAUCUAA